UACGUAUUAUAAUAAUAUUAGAGCCAUGGAAGUGACCUUGAAGAAAAACAACCCAUCUGGGACAUCAAUUCUGGUGCCAAGUGUUCAAGAAUUGGCCAAACAAAAAUUGUCUAGUGUUCCACCCAGAUACAUUCAGCCACAACAAGAUCAUGAUCUGGUAAUCUCUGAAGUUGAUCAUGCACUUGAGAUUCCAGUUAUUGAUUUGCAGAGAUUGCUUUCUACUGAGUAUGGAGAUUCUGAAUUAGCCAAACUUCACCAUGCUUCCAAACAUUGGGGAUUCUUUCAGCUUGUAAACCAUGGAGUUAGCACUUGUCUGAUUGAGAAGGUAAAGUUGGAGAUGCAAAAUUUCUUCAACCUUCCAAUGUCAGAGAAGAAAAAAUAUUGGCAAAGUCCAGAACAUAUGGAAGGGUUUGGACAAGCAUUUGUUCAGAGUGAAGAUCAGAAACUUGAUUGGGCUGAUAUAUUCUAUAUGCUCACACUACCAAACCACAUGAGAGUUCCCCACUUAUUUCCACAACUUCCUCUUCCCUUCAGAGAAACUAUGGAACUUUACUCACAAGAAUUGAAAAACUUAGCCAUAGUUAUUAUUACCCAAAUGGCUAAGGCUUUGAAGAUAGAAGAAGAGGAAAUGAGAGAAUUAUUUGAAGAUGGAAUUCAAAUGAUGAGGAUGAACUAUUAUCCUCCAUGUCCUGAACCGGAAAAGGUUAAUGGUCUCACACCACAUUCGGAUGCAGUUGGUCUAACUAUACUCCUACAAGCCAAUGAAGUUGAAGGAUUGCAAAUAAGAAAGGAUAAUGGCAUUUGGGUUCCUGUUAAACCAUUACCUAAUGCCUUCAUCAUCAACAUUGGGGACAUAUUAGAGAUUAUAACCAAUGGAGUAUACCAAAGUAUCGAACAUCGAUCAAUGGUGAACAAUAAAAAAGAAAGACUUUCAAUUGCUACAUUUUAUAGUCCUAAAGAAGAUGCUAUGCUAGGUCCUGCACAAAGCUUGAUCACUGAACAAACACCAGCACGGUUCAAAAGUGUUGGAGUAAUGGAAUACUUUGAGGGUUUUUUUGCCCAAAAACUUAUUGGAAAGUCUUACAUAGAUGUCAUGAAAAUAGAAAAUCAUCAUGAUUGAAAUAAAUCUAACUUUAUUUUGUUUGAUCUAAGGCACUGUAAUAAUAUCCCAUGCUAUGUAUAUACAUUUGUAGCCCAAUAAAUGCAUUCAUGAUGCAUCGUUUCUUGGUACAUCAUAGUGGUUAAUAUUUUUCAAUGUUGUUGUUCAUGUACUUGUGCAUUCCAAUAAAGGAUAUAUAUAUGGUGUUGUACCAAUAUUUGAGA